CGGGAGCUGUCCGCAAGACCUAGUGCUGAAGUAGGCGCGGACGUGCCCGGUGCCUAGCGCGUGGUAGCAGGCGCCCAGUGCCCCAGCCGGCGAAGACCAUGGCGUUUAUGGUGAAGACCAUGGUGGGCGGCCAGCUGAAGAACCUCACUGGGAGCCUGGGAGGCGGCGAGGACAAGGGGGAUGGGGACAAGUCGGCAGCCGAAGCUCAGGGCAUGAGCCGGGAGGAGUACGAGGAGUAUCAGAAGCAACUGGUGGAAGAGAAGAUGGAGCGGGAUGCACAGUUCACACAGAGGAAGGCAGAGCGGGCCACACUGCGGAGCCACUUCCGAGACAAAUACCGGCUACCCAAGAACGAGACAGAUGAGAGCCAGAUCCAGAUGGCAGGUGGAGACGUGGAGCUGCCCCGGGAGUUGGCCAAGAUGAUCGAGGAGGACACAGAGGAGGAGGAGGAGAAGGCCUCAGUCCUUGGGCAGCUGGCCAGCCUUCCUGGCUUGGACCUGGGCUCACUCAAGGACAAGGCCCAGGCCACACUGGGGGACCUCAAGCAAUCAGCUGAGAAGUGUCACGUAAUGUGACCACUUCCCCGGGGUUACCCACUGGGCUGGGCCCCCAUGAGGGCUGAGUGUGUGUCAACUUCCAGAGACCCAUACUCCAUUUGGGGCUUUGUUUUCCUUGCCCCAUCCUAGUUCCAAGACCUUUCCCAUCCAUGCCCCAACCCUAUCUUCUGGUUUUUUCCUCUCUGCUGGGAGCAAAGCCCCCAUCUUCACCUUACCCUUCAGGACCCUCCCUGCCAGCUCAGCCUGUGGAGGCCUCCCAAGAUUGCAGGAAUAUGCCCAUCCCUCUCUGGCCGUGGCCCCAAGUUCCUGCACACAGGAGCACCCACAGAAAGACACACACAGCACACAAAACCCCUGGCACGUUCAGAGACAGAAGCCACAGAUGCAUCCCGGCACACAUAGACAUGCACACACAGGCCAGCUCCCUUGCGUGUCCAGCCCCUCUAGACACCAACACUGAGAUACUCUGAGAGAGAGCUUGGGCAGAUACCCUGGGCAGACAGGAGGCCUGAGUUCUAGUCUCCACCUUUAUUGUUCUUGAAAGCCCCUGCUCUCUCUGAGCCUUGUUUCAUCACCUGUAAAAUGGGAAUGGCUGAAUGAUUUCUAAGGCUCUUUCUGGUUUAGACUUUCAGAGCCAAGCCCACACCCCUCCUUGGGCAGGGCAGCAGCUACCACCACAGCCUCCAGCGGCUGCCACUGUGGGCUCUGGGAGCCGGAGUGAUGCUGUGUGAGAGGCAGAGUGCCAAGGAUGAAGCUGGCACUGAACAGUAAGCAGCUCUAGGCCUUCUCUGGGCCCAGGGCCCAGCCAAUUUCUGUUCUGUUCCUGUAGAACUUUCUCUGGAUUCCAUAGCUGGAAUCUCCUCUCCUAGCUCAGUGAAAAAUAAAAAUCCCAAAUGGUGUGCCUACCUUCCCACUUCUUACUGGCUUCCAGGAGUCUUGGAGUUCACAGCCCCCCGAGCCUGCCUUAAAGGGGUGUCCUCCACCCCACAACCUACAGCUUCACAGGAGGGAGGAGGCAUCCAGUGCUAGGAGUGGAAGUGUCUCCAGCUCUGUUCUCUGGGGGCCCUGGGUGAAGGUGGGGUCUGGGGCCUAUGAAAUAGGUCUGGCUUUGAGGAGGAUGGCACAGCCUCAUUAUGUGGGGAAGAUGGGACCUCUGGGGCAUCACUGAGACCACAGGUGGGGCCAGGGCUGGACCGCAGCUGUCUUGGGUGCCUGUGCCUACACCCCUCCUCACCCUGGAGAUUGAAGAUAUGCAAAAAGAAAGAAGACAGGGCAACUGCAUUCCAGCCCCACACUUGAUGACUUUGAGCCUGUCCUUUCCCUCCUUGAGCCUGUCUUGCUUGUCCUCUGUAAAAUGAAGAGUCCCCCCUCCCCAAAAUAGUAAUAAUACAUGUUUCAAACGGUGACCAUUUAUAAAGCAUGUGACAAACUAU